AAUUUGAAGAUAAUUAUUGAUUUUUUUUUUCCGAAUUAAAAAAACCCCAAAACAAAACAAAAAAAAAACAUUUAAGUCUCGGUUGCGUGAGUGAACCGGUCAGCAUGUCGUAGUGUAGGGGAAUUCAGCUGAACGUGUGGGUGGGCCACGCCCUCCGCGUCAGCGGGCUGAAGGCAGCUUUAAAGUAAAGACUCCGGCUGCUCUGUCUCCGUUGUACUCCUGAGGUUGACUGCUGUAACUUCCCGCUGUGUACAGCUGCCAGGAACAACUGUGCUGCAAUGCUUAAUCACACAGCACAGCAGGUUUCGCAACUCUGACUCUACUAGCGCAACGCACUUACCCAUACCUCGGUCCGUCCACAGAUCGCUCUACAAAAUGGCUCAGAAUAACUGUUAUUAUAAUGAGAGCAUGCAGUUCUUCUACGACAAAGUCGGUAAGAGACAAGGCUUGAACAGCACCAUGCUCAUCACGGUCCAAGUGGUCGGCUCCACCUUCUGCAUCUUCAUCCUGGUCGCUAACUCCAUGGUAAUUGCUGCUGUAAUAACCAACAAGAGGUUUCACUACCCCUUCUACUACCUUCUUGCCAACCUCGCUGCCUCKGACUUCCUGGCGGGCAUAGCGUACGUGUACCUCAUGUUCAACACGGGUGAUGUGUCGCCAACGCUGACUAUUCGCGAGUACUUUUUCCGCCAAGGACUUCUGGAUGUCAGUCUGUCGGCGUCUCUGGCCAAUCUUCUCGUCAUUGCGCUGGAGCGCUACAUCUCUGUAAUGAACUGGAAAGUCCACAGCAACCUGACCAAGAGAAGGGUGAUCUUGUUGAUCGUUCUGGUGUGGAGCAUCUCUAUCUUCAUGGGGGCGGUGCCCAGCAUGGGCUGGAACUGCAUCUGUAGCCUGGACAGUUGCUCGGCGAUGGCUCCCAUCUUUAGCAGGAGCUACUUGAUUUUCUGGUCGGUUUCCAACCUGAUUAUUUUUGUUGCCAUGGUGGCAAUCUACAUGAGGAUCUACGCGUACGUCAAGAGGAAGACAACGAUGCUGAUGUCACACACCUCCAGUUCCCUCAACCGCAAAAGGACGCCUAUCAAGCUCAUCAAGACGGUCAUGGCUGUGCUCGGAGCCUUUGUGGUCUGCUGGACCCCGGGUCUUAUUGUCAUGCUCUUGGACGGCCUGAAAUGUGAGGACUGUAAGCUGCAGAAACURAAGAGCUUGAUGCUGCUUCUGGCUGUUGCCAACUCCGUCAUGAACCCCUGCAUUUACUCCUACAAGGACGAGGAGAUGUGGACAACGUUCAAAAACCUCAUGCGCUGCAUUGGAAACGGCACGCGGCGACAGCGGUCGACGCGCGCCAACGCCAAGCCGCUGGGCUCCAGUCAGGACGCGAGCACGAGUCCGCCGGCCUCAGAGGAAAGAAAAAGUGAUGACAAUGGAUCGCUCGAUUCGUGAAACAUCGUCUUGUGGUGGCUUUUGCAGAACUGCUCUCCCCGUUGUACACACGGAAGCGUUGUGGAGACUCUGCCGACUCGGACAGUUUAUCUGUAGCGGUUCUCCAUGGGUUUUCCUCAGCUUGAAAAAGUUUUCUUGAAGAGACGCUGCAGACCAUCUGGUCAAAUGAAAAGAGAUAAGAUAACUUUACGCACCACUAAAUUCUCUAAUGGCUGUAAAGAUGUCCGGUUUUACUAGAGUUUCAUCCAUUUGGGCACAUUACUCCCAUCCGUGUGUAAUGGGAGAUUCAUUCCAGUUUCAUCCUGUUUUCUGUCAGUGUCAUCAGGUCUCUGACUCAUCCUGAGAGAGGGUGACACUGCGCCGCAGUGAUUGAUGAAGUAGCUGCAUUCAAAACAUUUUGAACCCUGAAGUGUAAAAGUUGUACGAAGCAGGAUGUAGUUUGUAUUAGGCGUUUGUUGAUAUUUGUUGUAAAUAGAUUUUUUUUUUUUUUACUGCAUGUGUAGUUUAAAAACUAUAAUGGAGGAUUUUGAAUUAAAUAUGCUUGGGCAGGGCUGCAUUUUAAAGUUAUGUGUUUGUGUAAACGACUGUAAACUGCUGUAAAGAAACUGUACUUGAACAUAGAAUAAGAAGAUUUUUCUUAAAUACCCAUUUUAUACCUCUUGAUCAGAUCUUGUUGUUCAGACCCAAUCCAUCUCCUCUUUUUUUUAUUACUCAUGGAAACUGAAACUUCCUGUUAAGAACCUGAUGAAGACAAACAUGCUUUUCUGCACCAUUUAAAAAAAAAAAUCUGCCUCACCUCUCUGCAGCACACUGGAUUCCAGCUAUAGAUUCAGCAGAUACUGUUUGUUUUUAGCAUUGAGGAGGAUAAGACAGUGAAUCCCUCUCCACACAGACAGUUGCACAAACCACUGCAAGCUGACCACGUCGCUAAACCCGCAGCAGAGUUCAACUGACUUUUCGCUAAAUGUAUUUUUGCCAGCGCUGCUGUAAGGAAACCCUUCAUCAUCAAAGCUUUUUGAAUCUUUCUUUGACUUCAGCUUUGUAAAACUGCUCGGUUGAAAGAUUUGAAGCUCCAAUAAUUAAGCGGAGAUUACUCAUGCUCAUGCACUUUGACCGUUGGACUUGUCAAAUCAUCAACUGUCUUGCAUAACUUCUCUGAUUAUUCCUUCGUGUGAAACCUUUCACUUUGAACUGUGCUUCGUUUAUAAAAAAAUGAUUUCAUGUAGAAGUAGAAAGAAAUCUCCUGAAUGCCAACAUUUAGUGUCUUAUAGAAAGAAUGACAUUUCAGCAUUAAAGGGUAAAUGAAACAAGCUGUAUGUAGUCACUUGUUGCUCCAAGAGCAACUAUUAUUUAUUUACAGGGUGCAGAAGAAGCAGAGCUCACCUGGGACGUCAUAUUAUGCAGAACUGCUCCUCCUGGCUUYUGGCCUACUUUUUUAUAGCCUGAAUUUGUAUUUUCUACCAUAUAAAUGAGUAAUUGACCUGAAGACUAGAACACGCCAUGCAUGCCUGUGCUGUAGAUUAGUGGAAUAAAAUGAUUGUCUUCAUUUAGAUGUUUUCCUUGUCCUGCCUUCAUGAUCUUGAAUGAACAUGAAUCCAUGCUGGGGUUCAUAAUGACCUCUGUUAAAGGAAGGAUGCAUCUAAAAUAUUAAGGCCACACAACCUGAGGAUCUGAAAUGUAGAGGUAUGGAUAACAUUGGUUUUUAUGUUUUAUUGUCUAAUGUACUCAAAAUGAGACAAUUGCCUUAAUGUACAUUCUAUUCUAUUAGCAAAAAAAAAGAAAAAAAAUACUUCGAGAGAAUUGAUUAUGAGAAAAGAACCUGCCGAUGUAUUAAUGUUAGCUUUUUAAACAUUUCAAAYAAUUCCCUUGUUUGACAUUAAAAUGUGGAUUUACAAAUCAGCUCAUUUCUGAAAGUGGUUUAUUUGUCCAAUGUACUUCUAAUCUGGACUAAGUCUUUUAUAAACAGACUGAGAUUUUGGCAACUAUUACAUUUAUUUACACUGUAAAAUUGUCUUUGUCCUUUCUACCUUUUUCUACCCAUUACUAGAGGAAUCGUGUGCUAUUUGAGUGUCAUUGAUCAAACUAUCAUUUGAUUUUGUUUCAUGUGAUGAAGAUAAAAAUUUUUCUCUUGCCAAGUAAUGCUGUUGCUAAUAUCUGCUAUUAUCAUACACAACACCCUCUUCACGUUUAAAAGGGACAAUUAAAGUUUGUGCAAAUUGUGA